GUCUAGUUCGUGGAACCCAACUGGCAAGAUGUCGAGGGCUUUAAUAAUAUUUGUGCUCCUGCUGCAAGUAGUACUUAACUCUGGCAAACCCCUGCCAGCAGGUGUCUACGAUCCGGAGGAGGCAGGUGGUUUUGUCGAGGGUGAUAUGAUUCUUACGGAGGAGCAGCAGAGAAAUCUUGAGCAGAGUGGUCCCAAGGCUCGCAAUGGGCUCAUCAACACCGAAAAGAGAUGGCCUGGGAAUGUGGUGGUUUACAGGAUAUCGGAUGAUUUUGACACCGCGCACAAGAAGGCCAUCCAAACUGGCAUCGAAUCCUUGGAGCUGCACACUUGUUUGAGGUUUAGGGAAGCCACCGAUGAGGAUAAGGCCUACUUGACGGUUACGGCCAAUUCUGGAGGAUGCUAUACAGCCGUCGGCUACCAAGGUGCCCCACAGGAAAUGAAUCUGGAAAUUUACCCGCUGGGCGAAGGCUGUUUCCGGCCGGGAACGAUCCUGCAUGAGUUCAUGCAUGCCCUGGGAUUCUAUCACCAACAGAGCUCGGCCAUUCGAGAUGAUUUCAUAAACGUGGUAUACGAAAACAUAGUGCCGGGCAAGGAAUUCAAUUUCAAAAAGUAUGACGACACAGUCGUCACCGAUUUCGAAGUUGGCUACGACUACGACAGCUGUCUGCAUUAUCGACCAGGAGCCUUCUCCAUCAACGGCGAGGAUACCAUAGUUCCCCUGGAUCCCAAUGCGGUAAUUGGACAGCGAGUGGGUCUUAGCUCCAAGGAUAUCGACAAGAUCAAUAUUAUGUACAAGUGCCCUAUUUUGCUGUGAUCCUAAAUCGGGUCUACUAUUUACCUAGUCAAUUGUGAUAUGUAUAUACAAGUAUAUUUAUACCUAUAUCAGCCACUGACUGAAGCGAUUAGAUCGGUUUUAUUGAUAUACGCUGUCAAUGUCAUUACGGUCUGAACUAUUUAUAAAGAAGUGUAAAUUAAAGCCAUACCCCUUAA